UCCUUUUGGUAGUUCUCACUCUCCGCCUGAAGGCGGCAGCAAACACGGAAGUGUUCGGGAUUAGUAGAAGAAGACGCAGUGGCGCAUGCGCAGCCGCUACGGGGAGAAUAAAAUGUCCGCCCCUAAAACCAUCCCGAAAGAUGCUCAGGUGAUGAUCCAGAUCCUGAAGGACAUGGGGAUCACGGAGUACGAGCCCAGAGUCAUCAACCAGAUGCUGGAGUUCACCUACAGGUAUGUGACGACCAUCAUCGAGGACGCUAAGAUCUACUCCACCCACGCUAAGAAGUCGUCUGUGGACGCUGAUGACAUCAAGCUGGCGAUCCAGUGCCGCAUGGACCAGUCCUUCACGUCCCCACCACCCCGAGACUUCCUGUUGGAAGUGGCUCGACAGAAGAACCAGACUCCGCUGCCCCUCAUCAAACCCUACGCCGGCCCUCGACUGCCCCCGGACCGCUACUGCCUGACGGCCCCCAACUACCGGCUCAAGUCUGUCCAGAAGAAGGUCUCGUCGGCCGGCAGGAUCACGGUCCCUCGACUCAGCGUGGGCGCCGUCUCCAGCAGACCCAGCACCCCGACACUUGGGACUCCCUCUGUCCAGUCGGUCUCCACUAAAGUCGGAGCUCCGGUGUCGUUGACGGGUCAGAGGUUCACGGUUCAGAUCCCCCCCCCCUCCCAGACGGCCUCGGCCAAAACCACGACGCCGUCCACGCCCGUCUCCAACGUCCUCAUCAACCCGUCUCUGAUCGGCUCUAAGAACAUCCUCAUCACCACCAACAUGGUGACACAGAACUCGGCCGAGUCUCUGAAGAGGAAACACGAAGACGACGACGACUACGACGCCCUAUGACGCCCCCCCAACCGCUGAGCCCCUCCAUGUGAUGUUUGUCUGUUUUCUAGAAGAGUCAAUAAAGUUGAGACAAAGAGCGAA